GUGCUCAGCGGCUCCACCCUCGAUGCGCAUGCGCGCCUUUCCCACCCUCUGUUCCGGCUCCUCACCAGGCCAGGAGCGCGAGCCUGGAGGAGGGGGAGGAGAAGGGGCGGAGCAGUCGGUGGGCGCGUCUGCUGGGGAGGGGAGCGCGACUGGACUCUUAAGUUCCCCUUUCCUCUGCAGAGGGACCGAUUAGGGAGAGAGACCAGAAAUGAGUGGAAUGCUAUCUUAAGCCAAAAAACUAUUACAAUUUUUAUUUAAUACUACUUAAAUGAAGAAAGAUAAAAAAAAGAAACAAAAUUCAAAUUGAUAAUUAUCCCAUUCAGACGUUAGUAAAUAUGUCGCUCAAUCCAAGUCGACCUUCCUCAUCAGAGUUGGUGGAACUUCAUGUUUUUUAUGUCCCUGAAGGAUCAUGGAACUAUAAGCUAAAUACCAUUUCAACAGAAGUUGUUAACAAAUUCAUUUCAGCUGGAUUUCUAAGAGUAUCUCCUCAACUUACUUUACGAGCCCUGAGGGAGCGUCUUGGUGAAUUCCUGGGUGAAGAUGCUAUUGCAGAAAAAUUUUUAUUUCUGAAAUGCAUUGGAAAUAAUUUAGCUGUGGUGAAGGAAAAGCAAGAAUCAGAACUGAAACUCAAAUCAUUUGCUCCUCCAUAUGCUCUUCAACCAGAAUUAUAUUUGCUUCCUAUAAUGGACCAUUUAGGAAAUGUUUAUUCACCAUCAUCAACAGUUAUUUUAGAUGAGCGGCAGACUAAUAAUGGUGCUAAUGAGGCUGAUGGAACAAUCCACAGACCAAUUAGUGUAACUUUGUUCAAGGAGGAACUUGGAAGAGAUCCCAGUUUGUUAGAAAACACUUUGAAAGAGCUUCGUAACAAGAAUCAGGAAGAAGCUGGGGGAAAAGCCACUGCAGAAAAAAGCCAGAUUGCAAAAAAUCAAAUUAGAAAUUCUGAGUUGCCAAGAUCAUUGGAAGAUUCAAAUAAUGAUUGCUUUGGCACCAAAAAAAGUCAGUGUCUUUGGGACAAUGAAGAUGAUACAGCUAUCAGUAGAAGACAGGACAAUCAGAUAGGUGAAAAAGAGUACAUCACCCUACCAGAUCACCCUUCACUUCAUUGUCAACCUGUUCUUUCUUCAAGAAUAAUUGAUAUCUCUUUAUUACCAACUGAAAGAGAGAAGAUUAUCAAACAAAUGAAACAAGUAAAGGAAGAAAGAAGGUAUCUGGAAAGAAAUAGAGAAGAACUAGUAAAAACAGUUGAAAAGCUAUUUGAACAAAGCAAAUUAAAACGAUAUCAUGCCUAUGACGGUUGGAAGAAAAAAUACUUGGAAACAAAGAAAGUCACAGCAUCAGUGGAGGAGGUUUUAACAAAACUUCGAGAAGAUUUGGAACUCUACUAUAAACAAUUGCUCAUGCAACUUGAAGCCAGGGAGAUCAAGAUGAGACCAAAGAAUCUGGCAAACAUCACAGACUCCAAGAAUUAUCUGAUAAUCCAGAUCACUGAGGUGCAGCAUGCAAUUGACCAACUUAAGAGAAAACUGGAUACUGACAAAACGAAACUCACAGUAGAAGUUAAGAUGAGAAAACAAGCAGUUUCAGAUUUACGAACAUUGAAAACUGAACUGGCACAGAAAAAAAAAAUAAUACAUCUCUACAAUCUCAAUUAG